AUGGCUCGAUCGUCGAGCGCAAAGCCACCGGCGCGGGCAUCGCCACCACCUGCUCCCGGGAAUGCGAGCACCAAAUCCAAAUCCAAGUCGGCGAAGCCCAAGCCUGAUGACUACUCCUCCGAGGGUGUCGAGGACCACGAUGUUUUCUUGCUCCCCAUUUCCGAUUACAAAAUCAUGCUGGCAAUUACUGCGGUCUCUGCCCUUGUGCGGCUGUUCCGCAUCUACCAACCCAGCAGCGUCGUCUUCGAUGAGGUCCACUUCGGCGGUUUCGCUUCGAAGUAUAUCAAGGGCAAAUUCUUCAUGGACGUUCAUCCUCCGCUCGCCAAGCUCAUGAUUACAUUGUUCGGCUGGCUUGCUGGUUUUGAUGGCAACUUCGACUUCAAGGACAUUGGGAAGGAUUAUCUGGAGCCGGGCGUUCCGUAUGUUGCGAUGCGCAUGUUCCCUGCAAUUUGCGGCAUCCUGCUCGCUCCCGUUAUGUUCUUGACACUCAAAGCUGCCGGCUGCCGUACCUCCACUGCCGUUAUGGGCGCUGGCCUUAUUAUUUUCGAGAACGGUCUCUUGACUCAGGCCCGUCUGAUUCUUCUCGACUCUCCCCUUAUGAUCGCCACGGGGUUCACUGCCCUGGCCUUCACAUCCUUCACUAACCAGCAUGAGCUCGGCCCCUCGCGUGCCUUCAGUCUGAGUUGGUGGUUCUGGCUGUUUAUGACUGGCAUUGGUCUGGGAAUUACCUUCAGUAUCAAAUGGGUUGGUCUCUUCACGAUUGCCUGGGUUGGCUUCUUGACUCUUGUUCAGCUUUGGGUCUUGCUUGGUGAUUACAAGCAUGUUACAAUCCGCAUCUUUGCUAAGCACUUCUUGGCCCGGGCUUUCUGUCUGAUUGUUAUCCCUCUGGGCAUCUACAUGAGUAUGUUUGCCAUUCAUUUCCUUUGCCUGGUGAAUCCUGGCGAUGGGGAUGGAUUCAUGAGCCCCGAGUUCCAGUCAACCCUAAGAACGAAGGCCAUGAAGGAUGUCCCUGCCGACGUUUUGUUUGGCAGCCGGCUUGUUAUCCGGCACGUGAACACACAGGGUGGCUAUCUUCAUUCUCACCCUCUGAUGUAUCCAACUGGUUCGAAGCAGCAGCAGGUCACCCUUUACCCACAUAAGGACGAUAACAACUUGUGGCUUCUUGAGAAUCAGACACAACCUCUCGACUCGAACGGCCAGCCUAUCAAUGGCACCAAUGCAUGGUACAAGCUACCUGAGCCGCAGUAUGUCAAGAACGGUGAUAUCAUUCGGCUAUAUCACCUGGCUACUCAUCGUCGACUGCAUUCUCACGACAUUCGGCCGCCAAUUACUGAAGCAGAUUGGCAAAACGAGGUCUCCGCUUAUGGCUACGAGGGUUUUGACGGCGAUGCCAACGAUCUAUUCCGGGUUGAGAUUGUGAAGAAGAAGUCGAAGCCUGGUGUUGCCCAGGAGCGUCUGCGUACCAUCGACACCAAGUUCAGGCUCGUUCAUGUUAUGACCGGUUGCGUGCUGUUUUCGCAUAAAGUCAAACUUCCCGACUGGGCGUCGGAGCAGCAGGAGGUGACCUGCGCUCGCGGCGGUACGCUUCCCAACAGUCUCUGGUACAUUGAGUCUAACGAACAUCCCCUGCUUGGUCCUGAUGUUGAAAAGGUCAACUAUCGCAAUCCGGGCUUCUUUGGCAAGUUCUGGGAGCUCCAGAAGGUUAUGUGGAAGACAAACGCCGGCCUUACGGAUUCUCAUGCCUGGGACUCUCGCCCUCCUUCCUGGCCCAUUCUCCGCCGCGGUAUCAAUUUCUGGGGCAAAGAUCACCGUCAGGUCUAUCUGAUUGGCAACCCGCUCAUCUGGUGGAGCGCUAGUGCUGCCGUUGCUAUCUAUAUUGUCUUCAAGGGCAUCGCGAUACUCAGAUGGCAGCGGAGCUGCAACGACUACGCUAAUCCCGUCUUCAAGCGGUUUGAUUACGAGAUCGGUACCUCUGUUCUUGGCUGGGCUCUUCAUUACUUCCCGUUCUAUCUCAUGAAGAGGCAGUUAUUUUUGCACCACUACUUCCCUGCUCUAUACUUCUCGAUCAUCGCACUUUGCCAGAUCUACGACUUCGUUUCCUACCGAUUUUCUCUGUUCGGCCUCAAGGACAAACCGAUGAUCGGCAGACUCGGCGUCAUUGUGUUCUUGACUCUUUCCUUCAUUGUCUUUACUUUGCUCUCUCCUCUUGCGUAUGGCAAUGCAUGGACCAAGGCGGAGUGCAAGCGCGUCAAGCUGUUCAAGACUUGGGACUGGGAUUGCAACACUUUUUUGGACAACUAUGAUGCAUACAAAACUGUGCAGACAUUCACUUCCUCACCAAUGGCUUCUCAGACUGCUCAACAGUCAGUAAAGGCUCAGCAGCCGAAGGCAGUCGGUGGUAAGGGUGCCCAGAUCCCUGUUGCCGAUCAGAAACAGAAGGAAGAGGUAAAGCAACAGGUGUCUGGUGCUCCUUUGCCACCAAACCAAAAGGUUAUCCACAAAGAGGAGCACAUUGAGUACCGUGACCAAUAUGGCAACCUAUUGAACGAGGAACAAGUUAAAGCCUUGGAAGGCAAGGUCGAGUUUAAGACCAGAUAUGAGACCCGUACUCGCAUCAUUGACUCUCAGGGCAACACGAUCAUCCUCCCGCCGGGAGAGAAGCUGCCAGAGGGACUUGAUAACCAGGGAGUUGCUCCUCCGCAUCCCGAUGUCGAAGGCGUCGAUCGUUCGACUUCUCAGAGCCUGAUUCCUGAUGAAGCCAUCCCCGAGGCUAAGCAGAGCGUCGAAGGCGAGAAUGAACAAGAGAAUCACGCUCCUAAACCAGCGAGCGAAGUUAAUGAAGCGACUGCCAAGGCAGAUGAGGAAAAGGAAGAGCUCUAG